GGGGCUUUGAAAUUAAGGAGUCAGGAGUCUGUGGGCGCGAAAUAAAAACUAGUUUUGGCUUCCCGCGGGAGCGCUUAAACUGCCGCUCAGCGUGCAGAUGAAACCGCAGCCCGGCGCGCGAGGAAAAGGCGGGUCUAGCCCCCUCUAGACCGAAGCGGCCGGGCUAGUGGCAACGGGCAGACGUCACCCCUGCAGCGCCUUCAAACGCCUUUCCUCUCCAAUCCUUGCUAAGUUCCCAAAGAGUUUCUCCGACUGUCCGAGAAAAGCAUCCCAGGUACAAAUGCCAGAGUGAGCAUGCAUUAUAAUUAAAAGAAUAAUUAUAGCAUGGCUACAGGAGAUUUAAAAGGAAACUUGUGUAAGAUAGAACAAAGACUUCGGGUUAUAAAUUAUCCUAGAGAUGUGGAUUAUACGGGGUUGGCAAAGGGUGAUCCAUCUGUGUUUUUGCCAAUCAUCAAUUACUGUUUCACAUCAUUCUCAACAUAUAUUACGGAACUCGUAAUGGAAUCAGGGGUGGAACUUACAGCGAAGAAUGAUUCACGUUUUGUUGAUGCCAUAUAUAAGCUUCUUCGUGAUCAAUUUCAGUAUAAACCAGUCUUGUCAAAACAGCAAUUCCUUCAAUAUGGCUUUGCAGAAAGAAAAAUACAGAUUGUUUGUGAUAUUAUUAGUUACAUUUAUAAAAGGCACAAAGAAUUCAGUAACAUGAAUAAGGUAAAACCCCAAACAGAAAAGAGAAUCCAUUCUGUUAAAUCUCUAGCCCAUGCAAGUUCUUCUAAUCAGUCUGAUACUGUAGCUAUCAGUACUGUGGAUUUGCAGCAGAAACCUCAAGUAGAACGUCACAAAAGUGUAAUUAACAUGCAUAUCCCUGAAGAUUUCAUCAGUGAAACACUGAAGGAAGUGAAAGAUUACGUUGUCAGUAACGCUGAAGUUUUGGACAGUGCCACUGAUAUCUUGGAUAAUAUAGAUGAACAGGCCGUAAAGAAAGAAGAUGAAGUAGAAAUAUUAAAGAGUCAACUUGCAGAACUACAGCAAAAGUUUCAUACACUGAACAGUGUGGAAGAGAAGUUACAGACUUUAGAGAAGAAACUGCAAGGGAAAGUUAUUAUAGAAGAGAAUGAGUGGAAUAACCUUUUGAGCCGUGUCCUCCUCCUUGAGACUCAACUAUUGCUUCAUUCCAAAACAGCUGACUUACCUACAGAAUUUAAUAAUGUGAAUGAAGAAGAUACUUCUAGCAGAAAUAUAACUCCAGUUUCUCCUGAUAAAGAGAAGGUAGAAUUGCCAGAGAGUCUUCAUCAGUCAUCUGGAUAUAGUUCACUGUUAUCUGCAAACCCAUCUCCCAAAGCCAUGGCCAUUAAUGAUAAUGGUGUGUCAGAAGUUUCAAAAGAAACAACAAUACAAAAAAUGGAAAGAAUAAACAAAAUGAUUGAAGAAACUUCAGAGUUGUUGAAGACUUCACGUAACACCUCUUCAGAGUAUUCUACUCCAGUCAGCUAGAGAACUGAAACUAAUUAUGUGCAUUCAUAACCUUUUUUAAGAACUCUUUGGAUCCUUUUUUAUUGUUUGGGACUGAAAGUAUUUAAACCAUUCCUAUUUUUAAAUAUAUAUUUUGUAUAUAUGUGUGCCAUUGAUGUAAGUAUCAUUUAAUUACAAAUAACCUCAAUAUAUGGUAACAUUAUUACUGUACCCACAGACUAUUUUUGUAACUAAGUUUGCUGGCAUUAGGUUAAACAAUAUAUAUUUUUAAAAAACAGGAUCAGUGACUGUAUUUUAUAUCCUGUUGGAAAAAGUCCAGCUGGGACUUGCAUAUUGUACCCAAGGGAAAUAUGUAUCUGCCAUCUUGACAUCAAUAAAGUGUGCAAGCCUUUUACACAUAUUGUACACAUACUGUUUUUAACAUAUCUUAAAUACAUACAGAUAUACUUUAAUAUUCAUCCAUGGUCAGAACAGCAAUUUAUGUCAGCUUUCAGUGAGUCUGACAAAGUAAAGGCUAUUUUGAUAAAAAGUUAUUCAAAUAAAUAAAUAAGGUCUAGAGAUUUUGACUAGCAAAUGUGUUGAACAUUAGUGCUAGAUAAUCUGGCACAUUGUAAGAUCAGCAGCACAGAUGGAGGCCAUCAAUUCAGUAUAUAAAGAUACACAACAAUUUUAUGAUUUGAAGCCAUAUAAAAUAACUCUUUGAGAUUAAGGUUGAUGUGACAUAGCCAUAAAUAUGAUUUAUUUGGGUGAGAAGCAGGAAUUGAGGAAAUGAAGAAACUUCUUUAAAUUGUUCCAUACUUACGUGUUAAAUUGAGAAGUUUUUAAUCAUACUAUAAUAUAUUAAUCUUACUUCCAUCAGUUCAUAUGGAAAGAAUGAUCUUUAAGUGGCAUUAAAGAUCACAUUUAUCAUUGAAGGGUUUUUAAUGGUGGGGUCUGAAAAUGUGAGAGAGCAGUUUCUUUACAAUAAUUUGGGGGGGGAGGGGAGGCAUAUACCCCCUGUGUCAAACCAACUUGUACAGACUUUGAAAGCUAGUUUAAACUGUGUCUUCUCAAAAGUUAAUCAUAUUCCCAGUUUGAUUAAAUAGACCAGAAUCAGAAAUCCUUCUAACUCAGUAUAUCUGUUUGGCUAAUCACACUAUAUUAAUAGUAGAGUCCUACUUGUAUCUAAUAUUUUAAGUAAUUCAAGUUGCUUUUCACAAUACUGGGAUACUAUUGAGCAACUUAGGAAUUGCAUCAUUAAUUAUAUUUAUUCAACUAUGUAUAGUUGAAUUGCUAAUAUUCUCUUUACUCUGUUGGGAGUGGGAGCAAAUUGGAGAAAUAAAUUUGUUACUUGAAGAAUAAUUUUUCCCCCUAAUUUUCAAUUGGUAAGAAUCUAUGAGUGAACAGUCAGAUUUGACUGCCUGAUUUUUCCUGUUCUUUUUAAAUGUACAGUAUAUACUAACAUCUGCAUUUGUGAUUAUUUAAAAAUAACACAAAGAUAUGGUGAACCUUCUAAAUAACUAUCAUUAGGAUCCCAAAAGCCCUGGAAAUUUAUCUGUGAAAAAACAGUAGCUUCUAGGAAGUUUCAUGCAUCAUGUCACAUGUACAUAUUUUUCUUCAUACAAGUCAUGGGUUGUGAAAGUAGUCAGGUUCCAUUCAUGUGUUAUGAAUAUGAGGAUCAAUUAAUAAAAAGAGAGGAGGUAAACAAGAAUGAAACAAAUGAAAAAGCUACUUGUGCAUCUCUUUUAAAUACUGAACUGUACUCAUCCUAGAUACAUGACUCAUGCCAUGUUAUAUAUUAACAUUUAAAUGACAUGCACAUUCCUGAUGGGUUCCUUUUUUUUUUCUUCUAUAUGUGAGAGUAGCAAUCUCAACUUUCAGAUCCUUCUCCAGCCUGCAAUCAGAUACAUUGAUUUCUUUGUACUGUCUACAAAGAAAUCAAUGAUAGAUUUAUUUGUAGACAGUAUUUGGAGUCUAAUCUUGUGUAAUUAAAAAAUAUCCUAAAAACAAUUCUUCUUUCAGGUCUUUUAUGAAUUUGGAAGAACAUUUUGGGAGCCGCAGUAUCUAGUAACAUCUUAAACUAUAGUAAUGUUGGGGUUAAGUAAUAUUUGUGAAAAAUGAUUGUUUUAUAUUUAUCAAUUUAUUUGUAUGAUGUUGUAAUUUUAUUGUUCGUUAGUUAUGUGCUUAGGUGUAACUGCAUGCCAAAUAAAAGUAUUACUAUAUAGCAUUAAAUCAGUUUACCUAACAUGAGGAAAAUAAAAUAGGAAAUCCAACAUAUAAAAUAGCAUAACAGUUCAAAUAUCUGAAUAGUCCUCCCAGUGUUCCUGGUGGUGGUAGCUCAUUCAAAAAUAAAGUGAGGAAAGUUCUUCAGACCAUUGUAUAAUAAAACUGAUAAGAACAGAUACUACACUUGAUCUUAGCCAAAAGUCUGAGAAUAAUUGUACAGUUGACAGAGAUAUGUUCUUCAAGGAUCAGUCUUCUUGUAACUACAAAAAACAUAAUUUCCAUUUCUAAUAUUUUUCUGUUUGCUCAAAACGAUGAAAUUAAGAAAAAAAAAAAAAACCACGAGCACCUACAAAAUCCAGUGAAUUGUCCAGC